ACACCUCCAUCUGUUCUCAGUCAAGACAUACAACAACACAAGCACUGCACACGUUAUACAAACCAUGAGGAACUCGGCAGUCGACGCGAUGAACGGCGGCGGGGCUUCCUCGUCGCCGAUGGUUGUGCCGGCCUACGGCGCCACUGGUGGAUUCCAUCCGCCGCCGUUCUGGUUGACGCCGACUCCGUACCUGUUCAUGGGCUUCGCGAUUGUGAUGAGCCUCAUCGCGGUGGCGCUGGCGGUGCUCCUCUGCUCCCGCCGAAAGGAGGGACGCCGCGAGGAGGAGGAGAUGAUCAUCCCAGCGGGGAUGAUGUCCGUGCGUGUGCUAGCGCCGUUGGACAGGGAGUCGCCCAAGGUGGUAGUUGUGAUGGCCGGCGAUGACGCGCCGUCGUUCCUCGCCAGCGCAACGCCGCUCGCUUUCGCCGCCAAGGUGCAGCGGCCGUACUGCCAGUGCCACGAGGGGCCCAAGCUGGAUGUCGCCGCCGUGUAGCUAACUACAUGUGGCUCUCUCGCGCCUAUCGAUCGAUUGAAUGCCACCGUGAACAUGUCGAUCAGAUUAAACGGGGGAGUUUGAUUUUGUCCAUAGAUCUUACCUCCUUUUUUUCUCGUGAAUUAGUAGUUUUGCGAGGUGUAACGAUGCAGUAUUUUCCUUGUGGAGAUGGGGUUGUUGCGAGCUGAGAGCGUGCAGAGAGUGCAAUUAAUACACUAAUUUUGUUGCAUAAUUGUAUUGUUUUGUUCUCAGAAAAAGGCUAUGAAAUGAUAAGACUUUGCCUUACCUGGUUC